GGGGGCUCCUCCCCCACCCCGCGCAGGCGCGGAGCUACUAGCCCGCUCGUGCCCAGGAGCCGCGCGGACGCUGCGAUGGCGGAUUCAGAGCUGCAGCUGGUGGCGCAGCGGAUCCGCAGCUUCCCCGACUUCCCUGUCCCCGGCGUGCUGUUCAGGGACAUCUCACCCGUCCUGAAGGACCCCGACUCCUUCCGCGCCUCCAUCAGCCUCCUGGCUAAUCACCUGAAAAAGGCCCACGGCGGCAGGAUCGACUACAUCGCGGGCCUAGACUCCCGUGGCUUCCUGUUUGGUCCCUCCCUGGCCCAGGAGCUGGGCUUGGGCUGCAUUCUCAUCCGGAAGCGAGGGAAGCUGCCAGGCCCCACUGUGUGUGUCUCAUACGCACUGGAAUACGGGAAGGCUGAGCUGGAGAUCCAGAGGGACGCCCUGGAGCCAGGGCAGAAGGUAGUGGUUGUGGAUGAUCUGCUCGCCACUGGCGGAACCAUGCGUGCAGCCUGUGAGCUGCUGGGCCAGCUGCAGGCCCAGGUGCUGGAGUGCGUGAGCCUGGUGGAGCUGACCUCUCUGAAGGGCAGGGAGAAGCUGGGGCCUGUGCCCUUCUUCUCUCUCCUGCAGUACGAGUGACCCCGGCCCCAACCCCACACCAACUGGAAAAGAGGAUCAGCCUGGGCGGCUGCAGCGACCCCCACUGGCCACCAGGGGGACCAGAAGUCCAGCGGGGGGGACUUAUGCGUCUGUGGCUAAGUGAUUUUCUCCUGA